UCCGACCCCAUGCCAGAGCCUAACUUCACCCCGCGGGGAAGGAAACUAGGAUUUACUCUCCGAGGCCGGAUGAAGAAGGGGUCAACAUUUCUGUCACUGCCUUAAGCUCCUCCAGUCCCGAGAACCGGAGCCCCGGCCACUUCCGCUCCCGGCGACCUCCAGGCCGGAAGCGGAAGUGCACGGCGGCAGCGGACGGCGGCGGGUGUGCUGGGCCGCGCGGCGCGCUGCGGUGGGAGUGUCUCCGGCCGAUCUGCAGGAGUCAGUUACCUUCGAGGAUGUGGCGGUGGGGCUCAUCCAGGAGUGGGCGAUGCUGGAUGGUGCACGGAAGAACCUGUGCCGAUACGUGAUCCUGGACAAGUGUAGGACCCUGGCCCCCAGGGGAGUGGGGAUUCCACCAUGCAGACCCAGUCUGGGCUCCCAGGUGGGGCCAGAGGAAGAGCUGAGGGCUCCACGGGUGUGGACUGGGAAUCUCAACUUAAAUCCAAAGUGUCGACUCCUGUGCAGGAUAUUUUGGAGGAAAAUUCGUCCCAUGGUAUGCAAAUGGGGCUGAAGGCGGCUGUGCAGAUUCAGAGGAUGGCCAUGCCGGUGCCUGCACUGGGUGUUCCAGAGCUGGGGACGGCCGGGGGUUCUGCUCUGCUUGCCCAGGACCCCGCCUGGCUCCAGAAGGAGGGCACAGAGGACGAAGCUGUGGCUCCGGGGGUACUGAUCACCUGUCCGUGGGAACCAGUCACCUUUGCGGAUGUCGCUGUGUUGUUCACCCCAGAAGAAUGGAUGUUUCUAGACUCUGCCCAGAGAAGUCUGUACAGAGAUGUGAUGCUGGAGAACUAUAGGAACCUGGCCUCCGUGGGAGAUCAGCUAGGCAAACCCAGUACGUUUUCCCACUUGGAGCCAGGAGAAGAGCUGUGGCCCCCUGAGAGAAGAAGCUUCCCAGGAACCCAUCCAGAACCUCAGCAUCAACCCCAAGAUCCAAUUUCUAACCAAGAUAUUUUUGCAGAGAUUCCAUCCAUUGGCAUGAAAAGGGAGCAACGCCAGACUGGAGACAAACUCUAUAAAUACAGUGAACUUGGGGAACCCUUUCACGGCAUUGAACCACUUUUUCAGUAUCACAGAAUUCACGCUGGCGGCAACCCCUAUAAAUGCCACGAGGGUGGAGAAUCCUUCUUCCAGCCCGCUCACCUAAUUGUGCCUGACAAGAUCUGUCAUGGGGACAAAACCUACGCAUGUAACAAAUGUGAGAAAUCCUUCAGAUACAGCUCCGACCUGAUCAGGCACCAGAAGACUCAUACCACGGAGAAGUGCUUUGAAUGUCAGGAGUGCCGGCAAGCCUUCAAGUACUCCUCGAAUCUGCGGCGCCACCUGAGGACUCACACUGGGGAGAAGCCCUUCGAAUGUGCUCAGUGUGGGAAAACCUUCACAAGGAACUUUAACCUGAUUCUGCACCAGCGAAACCACACAGGUGAGAAGCCCUACGAGUGUAAGGACUGUGGGAAAGCAUUUAAUCAGCCGACCUCUCUGAGGAGCCACCUGAGGACUCACACUGGGGAGAAGCCCUUUGGAUGCAGUCAGUGUGGGAAAGCCUUCAGGGAGCACUCGUCGCUGAAGACACACCUGCGCACUCACACCAGGGAGAAGCCAUAUGCGUGUAACCAGUGUGGGAAGCCCUUCCGGACGAGCACUCAUCUCAACGUCCACAAGAGGAUACACACCGGGGAGAAACUGUAUGAGUGCGCUACUUGUGGGCAGGUCUUGAGUCGCCUCUCAACGCUCAAGAGUCACAUGCGAACUCACACUGGAGAGAAGCCCUAUGUGUGUCAGGAAUGCGGGCGAGCCUUCAGUGAACCUUCAUCCCUCAGGAAACAUGCGAGGACCCACACCGGCAAGAAGCCCUAUGCCUGUCAGGAAUGCGGGCGAGCCUUUGGUCAGUCUUCACACCUUAUCGUGCAUGUGAGAACUCACACUGCGGGGAAACCCUAUGAAUGCAAUCAGUGUGAGAAAGCCUUCAGGCACAGCUCUUCGCUUACUGUGCAUAAAAGGAUUCAUGCCGGGAGAGAGAAUGUUGCGAACGGUGGCCUGCCUUUAUCAGUGUCCCAUCCGUAUGGGGGGCCCCUUGCUGACUGACUUCCAAGUUUUUAAAAGUAUACACGUUCUGGGCUAUAAUCAUCUCUCGUAGUACUUGUUUAGCCACGUCACAUGUUUUGAUGUAUAAUAUUUUCAUUUUGGUUGAAAUCUAAAUAUUGUCUUAGUUUCUAUUAUCACUUAUUCUUUGGCCUUGAGUUAUUUGUAAUUAGAUUUUAAGAAUAACAGGACAUGGGUAUAUUUUUAUAGAGGUAUAAUUACUUAUAGUGAAAUGCAUAAAUCUUAAGUGUACAGUUGGAAGACUCUGGUGCAUGCAUAUAUAUAUGUAACCUACACGCCAUUUAAGAUAUAGAACAUUUCUAUCCUUCUGGAGAGUUCCUGCAUGUAUAUGGGUGUUUUUUUUUUUUUACUUUAUAACUUUCUGUUGUUGGUUUCUAAUUUAAUUACAUUGUGAGCAGAGAAUGUGGUCUUUAUGUUAUUGAAUGUUAGGUAUCUGUUUUUAGUGUGGUGUAUCGUUAGUUGCCUGUCAGAAUUACCCCUUCUUCCUUACGACAGGACUUACGUUUUUUUGUUCAGAUUGGUAACAUGCACUGUUAAAAAAACCUCUAUCUCCCGGUCCUUGCAGCUGGAGGAGGGGCCGUGCCCCCAGUCCUGGCCUUUCUAAGUAUGAGAAGUCAUUGGGUGUGAUACCUGGGAAGGAUGUUGCAAAGGAACAUUUAGCUUGAUCCCUCCACGUCUUGCCCUUUGUACAAACAGACAUGAUGUCCAGUGCUAGAGGAGCCAUCCCAUGACCAUGAGGGUGAAAGCCACAGGCUAAGGAGAGUGUGGCCAGAAGUCACACCAACCCGUCUCCCCAUGGUAUCUUUGUGUAGCUGCCCUGGACUGUUUGUUUGUGGACAUCUUGUGACAUGAAAAAGAUGCACUUCUUACUGGCGCAUGACAUUGCUAUUUUGGGGAUGGGGUGGGAGAGGGUAGGAUGGGUUUAUUACCACCAAAUGCAGUAUCUGAUGCACUUAGUAUAGGGUCAGUUUUCAUAAAUGCUUCAUGGGUGGUUGAAAUCAACGUAUUGCAUUAUAUAUAUGUCCACUAGAUUUGAGCAUACUAUUUGUGUUUCAAAAUCUUCUACACAUUUAUACAUAUUGGUCAAUAUCAGUCUGUUUGGGCUGCAUAACAAAAUUACCAUCGAUUGAGUGGCUUAAAAACAACAGGACUUUUUCCUCAUAGUUCUGGAGACUGGAGUCCAAGAUCAAGAUGCCAGCAGAUUGCUCUCUGGUGAGGCCUGCUUCAUGGUUCAUAGAUGGCCAUCUUCUUGCCCAGUCCUCACAUGGCAGAAAGAGAGCAGGGGAGCUCUGUGGGGUGACUUGUAGAAGGGUACUAGUCCCAUUCAUGACGGUUCCACCCUUAUAACCUAAUCAUCUCUGGAAGUCCCACCUCCUAAUACCAUCACAGUGGGAAUUAGGCUUCAGAAUGUGAAUGGGGGUGGGGCACAAACAUUCAGUCCACAUCCGUCUAUGAUCUGUGUACUGAGACAGCUAUGUUAAGCUCUCCCACCAUGAUUGCUGAAUAAAUCUUGUAAUUCUGUCAAUUUUUAAA